GAUGACAACCAAGCAGCUCCCCUUAUCGCAGGAGGCUCUGGCACAGUUUAACCAGGCUUUGGCUGUAGAGAGUGAUGGCGUCCUGCGGACUCGUGCCGGCUCCAUUUCUACUCGUCGUAGCUCUCAAUCUGUGGACCUUCAUCACCCCAAGCACCUACUGCACCUCAAGAGUGUAGAGGGAUCCCUUUCUGUCAUCCCCUCCCGCCGCAGCUCCGUCUUCAGCAACCUUACCCUCACCCGCAAGGAGUCCUUAUCUCUGGGCAAGCGGCUCUCGCUGGGACCCUGGAUGCAUUGUGGCCGAGUCAGCUUCUCUGGCCUGCCACUGUACCAGCCUGUCCAGGAGACUCAGUUCGAGAACACCUACAAAACCCAUCCAGAUGAGGGUUUCCGUUUUGAUGCCUGUAAGGUCCAGCGCCUCCUGGAGGCCACUCUAGCUGGCUUUCUGAGCGACACGCGGUACAACCCAGUUACCUGCGGGCAAGUGACCCAGAACCUUUCUGAUCUCAUCCGUAGCAAAGCCAAAGACCUUAACCCGCCCCGCUAUAAGCUGGUGUGCCAUGUCAUCCUAGGACAGCUCAACAACCAAGGCCUGAGGGUUGCCAGUCGCUGUCUGUGGGAUUUAGACAAAGAUAACGUUGCAAUUGCUACUUUUCAAAACGCCUCACUCUUUGCCGUGGCUAUGGUCCAUGGAUUCUAUUGUGAGUGAGAGCUAAAAAGUGUUGGCUUUCCCCCUAAGAAAUAGAUUACAGAUAAUCAUUUUGUUAGUCUCAAGCAAUCUGGAUUCUGAUAUUUUGCCAGUGUGUAAAACAAUGUAAAAAUCAAUAUGUUUGUUCGUCAUUCUGUAUCAAUAGGAAUAUAUUCCAAGUUCGACUUCAUAUAAGAAAUUUGGCUUUUAAUCUUCUGACUCUCCCUUCCGAUCCAAAAGCUCCCUACUUAAUUCUGAAAGGUUUCCUUUGUUCCCCCCUACCCUUCAGCCAAUCACAGCUGUUGUAAUCUUUAAACCAUCAGAAUGGUCUAAGGCUGCAGUGAAUAUGACAAACAGGAUGCUUGGUACACAGAAUACAAAUCAGUAGAGCUAAUAUUAUCA